AUGAACGCAUCCGGGUCAGGAAGAGCCUCCUUACGGGUAAGGGUCAUCAAGCCCACGAUCCCCUUCAGAGGCGUACAAAGCAAAGCCUCUCGACCAAAGUCAACCACCAAAACACCAACACGCAAGCAAUUCAGCCCAGAGCUCAAACGCUUCGAAGAACGCUUCGCCAAAGAAGCCAUGCCUCAGCCCAGGCCCAACGGCGGCAUCUCACCACGCGUACUAACCUUCCUGGGCAUCUCAGCCCUGACAAUAAGCACAUACUGCGGCUACCUGUACGCGUCGUACCAACGCCAGGUAUCUAAAGGACAAACGCUUGACGUGCCAAGAGAUGUCUCAGACCGGUACAACACCACCGCGCCGACUUUUGACGCAGAUGUGGAACUUUCCGAAAAGGCAAUGGGCUUGGGCACCAAGCGUGCAAACCUCGUCCGUAUGGCGCGCGGCGAUGUCCUAGAGGUCAGCUGCGGCACGGGACGGAACUUGGAGUACUACGAUCUAGGCGAGCGACGCGGUCUCGACCACCAAGAUCGACCGGGGAUAAUCGGAUGUCGCAGCUUGACAUUCGUCGAUCUCAGUCCGCAGAUGGUGGCUAUCACGAAGGAGAAGUCCGAGACGCUCCGGCCGGGGUUUAAGCGCAUGGCGUUCCGGGCGCAGGAUGCUGGGAGUGUUUCUGUCGAAUUGGAUGGGUUGAGGCGGCCUGGAUCAAAGGGCGAGUAUUAUGAUACUAUUGUACAGACGAUGGGUCUAUGCUCGAUGCCGGAUCCCGUGGGCACUUUGAGGCAUUUGGGUGAGAUUACGGAGCCGAAGCAUGGACGUAUCUUGCUGUUGGAGCAUGGACGGUCGUAUUAUGAUUGGCUUAAUCGUAUUUUGGACAAUUUGGCUCCGACACAUGCAGAUCGGCAUGGGUGUUGGUGGAAUCGGGAUAUUGGGGCUAUUGUCCGGGAUAGUGGGUUGGAGAUUGUCGAGGAGAAGAGGUGGCAUCUUGGGACGACUUGGAGGUAUGUCUUGAGGCCCAAGCAGAAUUGA